AUGGUAAUUGAUAACGUUAUCGAGCCCUUUCUUUACGUGCGGAAAAUCCAUAAUGGAUACCCUCCAGCGCUGGGGCGCCAAAGGACUUAUGAUUACUUUGACAAAUAUACAUUUCUUUGCGAAAUGUAUGAUGAAGACGCAGAUGAAGUAAAGGAAUUAGUGUUAAAUUUCUUUCCUUUCGAUAAUUCAAUUCAAAUAAUUGAUUCAAGCAAGGGUAGAAAUCUGGUUAAGCGUGUUCAGUUACCACCUUUAAAGAUCGAAAUGCUUCAAAUAGGAAAUAUAGUUAAUAUAUUUUCUAGACUGCUUUACAUUAAAGACUGUGCACCUGCCACUCGGAAAGAAUUAUAUCAUAACAUUCAAAGCACAUUUGCUUUAAUUAAACCUGUUCCUCCAAGCGCUCAUGGUAAGAUUAUAACAUUUAUCAUGAAAAAGGAUUUUCGUAUUGUUCGUAUGAAAAACGGAAAAGUAAGCAAAGAUUUCGCAAAGGAACUUUAUAAAAACCUUUCUGGAAGUAACCUGCUACCAAUUGUAAUAGAUUAUAUAACAAGUGGUGAAGUUAUUGGUUUAGAAUUGGUUGCACCAGAUGCAGUUAAGAAAUGGCGCGAAUGUUUAGGGGACACAGAUCCUGUAACUGCAGCACCAGGCACACUCAGGAGACUUUAUGGAGAAAAUAAAGUUAAAAAUGUUGCUCACGGUUGCAACACUGUUGAAGACGCAAAUCAGAUGUUGAAUUUAUUUUUUGGUUACGAAAAUGGAGUUCCCAGAAUACCUUUUCGGGCUACGUAUGAGAACUGUACUUGCUGUAUUAUCAAACCACAUGUUAUAAUUGAAGGCAAUUUGGGUGCAAUUCUUGAACAAAUAGCAACAUCCAAAAACUUUUCUAUUUCUGCAAUAGCUAUGUUUUCAGUUAAACUAGCGGAUGCUAAAGAAUUUUUUGAAGUUUAUAAAGGUGUUGUACCUGAAUAUGAGGCUAUGUCUAUACAUUUAGCAGAAGGAAAAUGUGUUGCUUUAGAAGUUAAAUGCAAUAAUCCUAAUAUAAAUUGUGUUUGUGAGUUCAGACAACUCUGUGGACCAAGAGAUCCAGAACUUAGUCGUCAAUUGUAUCCAGAUUCCAUCAGAGCCCUAUAUGGUAAAAAUAUAGUCCAUAAUGCUGUCCAUUGUACAGAUCUGGCAGAAGACGGGCAGCUUGAAGUCGAAUAUUUUUUUAAGUUAUUAGCUAAUGAUUGACUCAUUAUAUGAAAUUUGUUAUUA